AUGGCGCCAGGCUGCAAAACUGAGUUACGCAAUGUGACAAAUUCUCAGUCUAACCUGCCAAGUAAUGAAGGUGAUGCCAUCAAAAUUUUUGUGCGAAUUCGUCCACCUGCCGAGGGCUCUAGGUCAGUUGAUGGAGAGCAUGGCUUGUGCUUAUCUGUGCUUUCCACAACAAGUCUCCGGUUGCAUUCCAGCCCUGAGCCCAAGAUCUUCACAUUUGAUUAUGUUGCAGACAUGGACACCACGCAGGAAUCUGUAUUCUCAACUGUAACUAAAAGCAUUGUGGAGUCUUGCAUGAGCGGCUAUAAUGGUACCAUCUUGGCAUAUGGGCAGACUGGCUCAGGGAAGACAUUUACUAUGAUGGGACCAUCUGAAUCUGAUAAUUUUUCUCACAACCUGAGAGGAGUAAUUCCACGAAGUUUUGAAUAUUUAUUUUACUUAAUUGAUCGUGAAAAAGAGAAGGCUGGUGCUGGAAAAAGUUUCCUGUGUAAGUGUUCCUUUAUUGAGAUCUACAAUGAGCAGAUCUAUGACCUGCUGGACUCUGCCUCAGCUGGACUGCACUUACGGGAACACAUCAAGAAGGGAGUGUUUGUUGUUGGUGCAGUAGAGCAGGUGGUCACUUCUGCUGCUGAAGCCUAUCAGGUGUUGUCUGGAGGAUGGAGGAACAGACGUGUGGCAUCAACAUCAAUGAAUAGAGAAUCCUCUAGGUCUCAUGCAGUCUUUACAAUCACAAUAGAGUCAAUGGAAAAAAGCAAUGAGACUGUGAAUAUACGAACCUCCCUACUCAACCUGGUGGAUUUAGCAGGAUCUGAAAGGCAAAAAGAUACCCAUGCAGAAGGGAUGAGGUUGAAGGAAGCAGGUAAUAUAAACCGAUCAUUGAGCUGCCUAGGCCAAGUGAUUACCGCACUUGUUGAUGUGGGUAAUGGAAAACAAAGACACGUGUGCUACAGAGACUCCAAACUUACCUUCUUGCUUCGGGAUUCUCUUGGUGGUAAUGCCAAAACAGCCAUAAUUGUAAAUGUUCAUCCCGGAUCCAGGUGUUUUGGGGAAACCCUGUCAACACUUAAUUUUGCUCAAAGAGCCAAGCUGAUUAAAAACAAGGCAGUGGUAAAUGAAGACACACAAGGAAAUGUGAGCCAGCUCCAAGCUGAAGUGAAGAGGCUCAAAGAACAACUGGCCCAGCUUUCUUCCGGGCAGACACUUCCAGAAAGCCUUCUGACUAGAGAUAAAGAAAAGACUGAUUACAUGAAGUAUUUCCAGGAGGCAAUGGUAUUCUUUAAGAAAUCUGAACAGGAAAAGAAGUCUCUGGUAGAAAGAAUUACCCAAUUAGAAGAUCUCACCCUCAAAAAGGAAAAAUUUAUUCAAUCGAAUAAAAUGAUUGUGAAAUUCCGAGAGGAUCAAAUCAUGCGGCUAGAGAAGCUCCACAAGGAAUCCCGGGGAAGUUUUCUGCCUGAGGAACAGUGUCGCUUACUCUCAGAAUUAAGGGAUGAGAUCCAGACUCUCCGAGAACAAAUAGAGCACCACCCUGGAGUUGCAAAAUAUGCUAUGGAAAAUCAUUCCCUCAGGGAAGAGAACAGAAGACUGAGAUUAUUAGAGCCUGUGAAAAGAGCCCAAGAAAUGGAUGCCCAGACCAUUGCAAAACUAGAGAAAGCUUUCUCUGAAAUAUCUGGCAUAGAGAAAAACAACAACUGUCAGCAAGGCUUUUCUCCCAAAGCUCCAAAAGAACCAUGUUCAUUCGCAAACACUGAGAAAUUAAAAGCACAACUCCUGCAAAUUCAGACAGAGCUGAAUAAUUCAAAGCAAGAAUAUGAAGAAUUCAAAGAACUAACUCGGAAAAGGCAGCUAGAAUUGGAAUCAGAGCUUCAGGCUUUGCAAAAAGCAAACCUUAAUCUUGAAAGCCUUUUGGACGCAACAAAAGCCUGCAAGCGGCAAGAAGUUUCUCAACUGAAUAAAAUUCAUGCUGAAACACUUAAGAUUAUAACUACACCAACCAAGGCUUAUCAACUUCGUUCUCGAUUAGUACCAAAAUUAAGCCCUGAAAUGGGGAGCUUUGUGUGUAAUUCUAGCAUAUUAGAUAAUGAUAUAUUAAAUGAACCAGUUCCACCUGAGAUGAAUGAACAAGCUUUUGAGGCCAUUUCUGAAGAGCUUAAAAAAGUGCAGGAACAAAUGAGUGCUCUUCAAGUCAAGCUAGAUGAGGAAGAGCAUAAAAACCUGAAGCUUCAGCAGCAUAUUGACAAACUGGAGCAUCAUUCGGCACAAAUGCAGGAGCUUUUCUCAUCAGAAAGAACUGAUUGGACCAAACAGCAAGAAGAGCGUCUCUCACAGUUGAAUGUCCUUGAAAAGCUGCUUCAAGAGACUCAGACUGAGAAUGAUUUUUUAAAAAGUGAGGUGCGUGACCUGCGAGUAGUUCUUCAUUCUGCUGACAAGGAGCUUUCUUCAGUAAAACUGGAGUAUAGUUCAUUCAAAAAGAGUCAGGAAAAAGAAUUCAACGAGCUGUCUGAAAGACACGUGCAUGUACAGCUUCAGCUGAGCCACGUCAGAUUAGAACAUGAAAAGCUUCUUGAGAGCCAAGCUUGCCUACAAGAUUCCUAUGACAACUUACAGGAAGUAAUGAGAUUUGAAAUUGACCAACUUUCAAAAAAUCUCCAAAACUGCAAAAAAGAAAAUGAAACU